AUGGAAAUUUUGUGGAAGACGCUGACCUGGAUUUUGAGCCUCAUCAUGGUUUCUUCAGAAUUUCAUAGUGACCACAGGCUUUCAUACAAUUCUCAAGUGUUCUACAAGGUUACUCGGGGAUCCAGUUUCAUUGUGCUUUACCUUUUACUUCUGCAUGGUGUUAUUGCUACAGAAGAUGAAGAAUAUUUUAUUGAACCUUUAAAGAAUACCACAGAGGAUUCCAAGCAUUUUAGUUAUGAAAAUGGCCAUCCUCAUGUUAUUUAUAAAAAGUCUACCCUUCAACAACGGCAUCUGUAUCAUCAUUCUCAUUGUGGGGUUUCGGAUCUCACAAGAAAUGGCAAACCUUGGUGGCGGAAUGAGACAUCUGUUUUGACUUCUUUACUACCAAUUAAUAACUCCUAUGUACGUCACAGACAGAAGAGAUCUGUAAGCAUUGAGCGGUUUGUGGAGACAUUGGUUGUGGCAGACAAAAUGAUGGUGGGAUAUCAUGGCCGGAAAGACAUUGAACAUUACAUUUUGAGUGUAAUGAAUAUUGUUGCCAAACUUUACCGUGAUUCCAGCCUAGGAAACGUUGUGAAUAUUAUAGUGGCCCGCUUAAUUGUUCUCACAGAAGAUCAGCCAAACUUGGAGAUAAACCACCAUGCAGACAAGUCCCUUGAUAGCUUCUGUAAAUGGCAGAAAUCCAUUCUCUCUCACCAAAGUGAUGGAAACACCAUUCCAGAAAAUGGGAUUGCCCACCACGAUAAUGCAGUUCUUAUUACUAGAUAUGAUAUCUGCACUUAUAAAAAUAAGCCCUGUGGAACACUGGGCUUGGCCUCUGUGGCUGGAAUGUGUGAACCUGAAAGGAGCUGCAGCAUUAAUGAAGACAUUGGCCUGGGUUCGGCUUUUACCAUUGCACACGAGAUUGGUCACAAUUUUGGUAUGAACCAUGAUGGAAUUGGAAAUUCUUGUGGGACGAAAGGUCAUGAAGCAGCAAAACUUAUGGCAGCUCACAUUACUGCAAAUACCAAUCCUUUUUCCUGGUCUGCCUGCAGUCGAGACUAUAUCACCAGCUUUCUAGAUUCAGGCCGUGGUACUUGCCUUGAUAAUGAGCCUCCCAAGCGUGACUUUCUUUAUCCAGCUGUGGCCCCAGGUCAGGUGUACGAUGCUGAUGAACAAUGUCGUUUCCAGUACGGAGCAACAUCCCGCCAAUGUAAAUAUGGGGAAGUGUGUAGAGAGCUCUGGUGCCUCAGCAAAAGCAACCGCUGUGUCACCAACAGUAUUCCAGCAGCUGAGGGGACACUCUGUCAAACUGGGAAUAUUGAAAAGGGGUGGUGCUAUCAGGGAGAUUGUGUUCCUUUUGGCACUUGGCCCCAGAACAUAGAUGGGGGCUGGGGUCCCUGGUCACUAUGGGGAGAGUGCAGCAGGACCUGCGGGGGAGGCGUCUCCUCAUCCCUAAGACACUGUGACAGUCCAGCACCUUCAGGAGGUGGAAAAUACUGCCUUGGGGAAAGGAAACGGUAUCGUUCCUGUAACACAGAUCCAUGUCCUUUGGGGUCCCGAGAUUUUCGAGAGAAACAGUGUGCAGACUUUGACAAUAUGCCUUUCCGUGGAAAGUAUUAUAACUGGAAACCCUAUACUGGAGGUGGGGUAAAACCUUGUGCAUUAAACUGCUUGGCUGAAGGGUAUAAUUUCUACACUGAACGUGCCCCUGCGGUGAUUGAUGGGACUCAGUGCAAUACGGAUUCACUGGAUAUCUGUAUCAAUGGAGAAUGCAAGCAUGUAGGUUGUGAUAAUAUUUUGGGAUCUGAUGCUAGGGAAGAUAGAUGUCGAGUCUGUGGAGGGGAUGGAAGCACAUGUGAUGCCAUUGAAGGGUUCUUCAAUGAUUCGUUGCCCAGAGGAGGCUACAUGGAAGUUGUGCUGAUACCAAGGGGUUCUGUCCACAUUGAAGUCAGAGAAGUUGCCAUGUCAAAGAAUUACAUUGCUUUAAAAUCUGAAGGUGAUGAUUACUAUAUUAAUGGUGCCUGGACUAUUGACUGGCCUAGGAAAUUUGAUGUUUCUGGCACAGCCUUUCACUACAAGAGACCAACUGAUGAACCAGAAUCCCUGGAAGCUCUAGGUCCCACCUCAGAAAAUCUUAUUGUUAUGGUUCUGCUUCAGGAACAGAAUUUGGGAAUUAGGUAUAAGUUCAAUGUUCCCAUCACUCGAACUGGCAGUGGAGACAAUGAAGUUGGCUUUACUUGGAAUCAUCAGCCUUGGUCAGAAUGCUCAGCUACUUGUGCUGGAGGUGCCCAAAGACAGGAGGUGGUCUGUAAAAGAUUGGAUGACAACUCCAUUGUCCAGAACAAUUAUUGUGACCCUGACAGCAAACCACCCGAAAAUCAAAGAGCCUGCAACACUGAGCCCUGCCCACCUGAGUGGUUUAUUGGGGACUGGUUGGAUUGCAGCAAGACUUGUGAUGGUGGAAUGCGUACAAGAGCAGUGCUCUGUAUCAGGAAGAUUGGACCUUCAGAGGAAGAGACACUGGACUACAGUGGUUGCUUAACACACCGGCCUAUUGAAAAAGAGUCCUGCAACAACCAGUCUUGUCCACCUCAGUGGGUGGCUUUGGACUGGUCAGAAUGCACUCCAAAAUGUGGUCCAGGAUUCAAGCAUCGGAUUGUUUUGUGUAAGAGUAGCGACCUCUCUAAAACAUUCCCAGCUACACAAUGCCCAGAGGAAAGCAAACCUCCUGUCCGAAUCCGCUGCAGUUUGGGCCGCUGCCCUCCUCCUCGCUGGGUGUCUGGAGACUGGGGCCAGUGUUCUGCGCAGUGUGGCCUUGGACAGCAAAUGCGAUCUGUGCAAUGUCUGUCAUACACGGGACAGGCAUCUAGUGACUGCCCAGAAACUGGUCGGCCUCCAUCGAUGCAGCAGUGUGAAAGCAAAUGUGACAGUACCCCCAUUUCCAAUACUGAAGAGUGCAAAGAUGUGAACAAAGUGGCUUAUUGCCCACUGGUGCUGAAGUUCAAGUUCUGCAGUCGAGCAUACUUCAGACAGAUGUGUUGUAAGACCUGCCAAGGACACUGACCCACAGAAAGCCAAAGAGGGAGUCUUGUCAUUUCAUCGUGGAAAUGUGUCCAUCAAAGAGAGCCACCCAGAGGAAGAGGAUUGAGUUCCUUGCAAAUGCAUUACCCUGUGGAAAACGUAACCACUGGUCAGCCCUAGCUGACAGGAUUUCAAUAUUAUUUUAACUUCUGUGAAGUGGGAUUUAUUGAUCCAAAGUGCUGGACACGGUAAUAGGGGGAAAUGCCAGAUUGGAGAGAUCCAAACAACACAGGGAGACUUGCUUACUGUGGAACGUUUGUGUUCUUUCGAGUAAAUCCAAUAGCCUGUUU